AACGAGCUUCGUAGCGUGGGGGCGGCGCUCUGCUGGGCAAUGCGGAACUAGUGCUCAGCUGUACGUCAGACGGCAAAAACAGAAAACACAUUUGGAAACGUCGUAGUUAGUUUGAUAUUAACACAGAAAUUCUACAAGAGCCUUCAUAUAAAGACGAAAGAUGUUCCGCUUGCGGGCAUUGUCGGCCGCCACCGUGGGACUAGCACAGUUGUCUCGGCGUUACCAUGGUGAUGCCGUGCGGGGCUCUGGUAGGAGGAGACUGAUGCUAGCUGCUCUGGUGGGCGUGGCGGGGGCGUCAGCCAGCACUGGGCUGCUCUGGACAAGAGCGUACGCAGACGCUGGCCCCUCCGUCAGACACGCAGAGCGCCCCGAGGCGGAGGAGGCGGCGUUUGUGAAGGAAGAGGCAGAGUCGGAGGCGGAGUCCGAGACCUCGGUGGAGGCCAGCGGAGGAGAGGAAGAGGGGACGGAGGGAAAGAAGAAGAAGCCACGCUCAGGGUUCCGUGACCGCAAGGUGAUGGAGUAUGAGAACAGGAUCAGAGCCUACUCCACACCGGACAAGAUCUUCCGCUACUUUGCCACGCUGAAGAUCAUCAGUGAGCAUGGAGAUGCGGAGGUCUACAUGACGCCCCAGGACUUUGUACGCUCCAUCACCCCCAACGAGAAGCAGCCUGAAAACCUGGGUCUGGACCAGUUCCACGUAAAACGCUAUGAUGGGAAGGACUUCUGGCAGAAGAUCGCCCAGGAGAGGGAGAAGUUUGCAGAUGAAGACAGCAUCUUCUUCUCUCUGGGAGAGUGUGGUCUCAUCUCCUUCUCUGACUACAUCUUCCUCACCACAGUGCUCUCCACCCCACAAAGGAACUUUGAGAUCGCCUUCAAGAUGUUUGACCUGAAUGGAGAUGGGGAAGUAGAUCUGGAGGAGUUUGAGCAGGUCCAGAGCAUCAUCAGGUCUCAGACCAGCGUGGGGAUGCGUCACAGGGACCGCUCCACCACGGGCAACACCCUGAGGAACGCCGGCUGCAGCUCCGCCCUCACCACAUACUUUUUCGGUCAGGACCUGAAGGGCAAGCUGACGAUAGGAGCCUUCCUGGAGUUCCAGAGGAAGCUGCAGCAUGAUGUGCUGAAACUGGAGUUUGAGAGGAACGACCCUGUGGAUGGGAGGGUGACGGAGAGGCAGUUUGGAGGCAUGCUGCUGGCCUACAGUGGUGUCCAGUCACGCAAGCUCAAACAGAUGCAGAAGGGCCUGAAGAAGAUGUUCAAGGAUGCCCAGGGCAUCACCUUUGAGGAGCUGGAGAACUUCUUCACGUUUCUGAAGAAUGUCAACGACGUGGACACUGCUCUCAGUUUCUAUCACAUGGCCGGCGCCUCCAUCGACAAAGCCACUAUGAAGCAGGUAGCCCGGACGGUGGCCAAGGUGGAGCUAUCUGACCACGUGUGUGAUGUGGUGUUCGCUCUCUUCGACUGUGAUGGUAACGGGGAGCUGAGUAAUAAGGAGUUCAUCUCCAUCAUGAAGCAGCGUCUGAUGCGUGGUCUGGAGAAGCCCAAGGACAUGGGCUUCACCCGGCUGGUGCGGGCUAUGUGCAAGUGUGCCCAGGACACGGCAUGGGACUUUGCCUCCACCAAGACCCAGUAGGGAGGGGGGGAGGGAGGGAGGGGAGUGUGUUUGUGUGUUGGGUAAUGUGCAUAUAUGUGUGUGUGUGGAUGCAGAUGAGCGUGUGUAUGGUGGGGUAGGGAGACUACAAAGGCCAUCAAAGUCCUCCUCUUCAAAGCGGCGACCCUGACUAACGGUGAACUUGUUAAGACAGCAGCUCGUUAAUAUGUCAGCUCGUUAAGACAGCAACUCGUUAGCAUAAUCAAUCACGCAUGUCAAUGUGGUUGGAGCUCUGCCAUCCAGGGGCACAUGCUGAUGUUGCUGUUUGUGUCCUCAGCAGCUCUCCAUAGAUGCCCGCCCAAAGGCAUUGUGGGUCUUCAUAUAUUGACAACCUCCACGUUGUCUCUGCUUCACUCUGACAAGGCUCUGCUAUUAAAGACUAUUAUUAUUCCAGAAUGACUUUAUAAGACUGAUGUAUAAAAGAAUGACUCCAUAAUAAAAGGAUUAUUUCCAUAA